UGUUUGACUCUCAGAAGGAAAUUGUACGAGUUUCUUCGCUUGUCAUCGUGUUUAGACUCCAUUAUUCAUGCUGAGCACAAGGGAAUUCUCGAAGAGAUGCGACUUGAUUAUAGCCUUACCCAUUUGCAGGAGGGCACUAGAAGAGAAGAAAUUUAUAAGGAACGCUUUAUCAGCCAAUUGGAGGAUCAGACUUUUCCAAAUGGGCGGCAUUUGGGGCUUGAUUUUCUUGGCAUCAGAAGAAAUAUAUUUGCUCAAAAUCUAGCAAACGAGCAAGAAAUAGAUGAAUUUGGAUCAUUGACACUUUCAUGUGACAGAUCCCGUGUUGGGGAGUCAAGAGUAGCUGUUGCAACUCGAUUCCAGCGAACUUUUAUGAAACUUCUACGCAAUGCGGAGUUUGAAGAACUUUCGGUUCGUGAUUUACAGUUGAGAUCUGCAUUAAACACUGACUAUCUGCUGACUUUGCCAAUAUUUGUUGACUGGAAGAAAGCAUCUGAAUCCAAUGCAAUAAUAUUUAGGCGUGGAUAUGCUGCUGAGAGGCAGCGGGGCCUACUUCUUGUUGAAAAAUUGGACUAUCUUCAGUCAAAAUUUCUGCAAGAGCUCUUCCGCAACUUGUCAAAACCUCUGAAAAAAGUUGGCAUCUGGAUAAAUGAGACAUGGUGCAGAAUUGGUGAUAUGGAACAAUUCCAAGUUUUGUUUAAGGGAAUCCGGAGUUGGUUAAAGACGCCCUCUCGUCUAAAGGAAUUGUUUUCAGAAAAUGAAAGGUCAUCCCAUGGUGACCCGUUAGGAGCUGAAUUACAAUCUGAUAGUGACCUCCCAAUAUGGCUUGCUGCACAAAAAGCUGUCUCUCGAUAUGAAGACUUUUUGUCAUCAGUUGGACCUCGUGAAAUACUUUUUAGGAAGUUGCUCGUUUGGAGCGGAUUCCUUCCUGCAUUGCCAACUGUGUCUGUUGUGCUUGAUUGUGAAAGUACAAUUUCAGAGCCUCAUCUAAGGCCAAAUUUCUUGCCAAGGGUUUCACUUAGUGAUAUCUGGAAACCUGCAACGAGCGAGUCUUGUGGAAAUGAUAUUGUAAAGAUGCUUAAGGCUGCAAUAUCUGUUCUCUUCUCACAAUCUAUUCUUCAGGAGCCAGCAUUCGAAGAAUUAAUUUUACUUUAUACUGACCAAAUGGAUCAUACAUGUGGUGAAGGUUGCGAUGAGCUUCCUUCUUUGGAACUUAAGAUAUACGAGAGGAUUCCCCUUCCUGAUCUGCCAGUUAUCUUUCCUCACAAAAGACUUUCAUUUCGGAUACUAGAUACGCUGCGGCUAGAUAUUGCCAGCAUACUUGGAUUGCUGGCCUAUUUUGUAAAUUACAAAUUUGAGGACAUCCUUUCUUCUCCAUCCGCAUUUCUUCUUGAUACAAUUGCAAUCAGUGCACUUAUAAUAUAUGUGACUAGAGUUGCACUAGGUUACAAACAGACAUGGGAUCGCUAUCAGCUUCUUGUGAACAAGACAUUGUACGAGAAGACCUUGGCAAGUGGUUUUGGUUCAGUGCACUUUCUUGUAGAUGCCUCGGAACAGCAGCAGUACAAGGAAGCAAUUUUGGCUUAUGUGCACCUCCUCAAAGCAGAUAGAAGCCAGAGACUAUCAAGAAGUGCAGUCGGGGACACAUGUGAGAGAUUCAUUUAUGAUAUAUUUGGAGAGAAGGUGGAGAUGCCUAUUGAGAAAGCUGUGGAGACACUCAUUAGAUUGGGGCUUGUAGAGGAGGUUUUUGAUGAAGGGAACACGACACUGCAUGCUCUCUCAUGCUCAAAAGCGUAUGAGGCUCUUAAACAACGCUGGGAUUGCUUACUGUGAUCAAGUUAUGCAGUAUAGCAUUUAUUUUAUUUUUUUGCCUUUUUAAAUUUCAAUGUAUCAUCAUGCAUAACAUUCAAAAUAUGCAUAUCUUGAGAGAGAGAGAGAGAGAGAGAGGAGAUUUAUCAAUGUAGGUUAGAUGAGCUUUCAAAUUGUAUGAUGCGGAUGUUUAAUUAGAGAGAGAUGUAUGUAUAUAUAUAUAUAUAUGUAUAUACACAUGUAUAAAUAAAGAGCUUUUGGGCCGUGCUUCA